AUGCAUUUAUCCAUUUUAGUUUUCGUUUCUUCUUUGGUUUUGCUUCCUAGAGAUUUAAAAAGAUCCUCUUCUUCUUCUUCUUCUUCUUCUUCUAUUCUUUUCCACUCUAUCUAUCUAUCUAUCUAUCUAUCUAUCUAUCUAUCUAUCUAUCUAUCUAUCAAUCUCUUCUUUUUUCUAUCUAUCUAUCUAUCUAUCUAUCUAUCUAUCUAUCUAUCUAUCUAUCUAUCUAUAUCAGCCUGUUCAUAUCUAUCUAUCUAUCUAACUAACUAUCUAUCUCAGUCUACAUUAUCUAUCUAUCUAUCUAUCUAUCUAUCUAUCUCUGUUCCCAUCUAUCUAUCAAUGUCUGUUCCUUUUUACGUCAGUCUGUUUAGAUCUCUCAAUCUAUAUAUUUCCGUCUUUUCCAAUCUAUCUAUCUAUCUAUCUAUCUAUCUAUCUAUCUAUGUAAUUCAAUUCAUAUCUAUCUAUCUAUCUAUCUAUCUAUCUAUCUAUCUAUCUAUCUCAGCCUGUUCAUAUCUAUCUAUCUAUCUAUCUAUCUAUCUAUCUAUCUAUCUCAGUCUACAUUAUCUAUCUAUCUAUCUAUCUAUCUCUAUCUCUCAAUGUAUAUAUUUUCGUCUUUUCCAAUCUAUCUAUCUAUCUAUCUAUCUAUCUAUCUAUGUAAUUCAAUUCAUAUCUAUCUAUCUAUCUAUCUAUCUAUCUAUCUAUCUAUCUAUCUAUCCCUGUUCAUUUUUACCUCAGUCUGUUUAG